AUGCGAGAGGACUUCCACUGGGAUCUUUGGGACCCAGCCGCAGAUCUCAUGGCUGAGAUGAUCAACAGACUCCAGCUGUACCCAGGACCGACAUAUGACAUAUUAGAGGAACUCAAGAAGCGUGUGGACGCCCACUACCAGGAAAAGAAACUGGGCUUGGGUAUGAGGCGCGGCUGGCAGGAGCUGACAGAGGCUAGGUACACCAUACUGGGCAAGUGUAAGCUGCAGAUUGAACAGGAGGUGAGGAGAUAUUUGACCCCUGAGAAACGCCAAUUGUUGAUGGGACUCUAA